AUGGACGAAAUACCGACAGAACCUCGAUUUGAGUUGUUCCCCAAGCUGGUGAUAGAGUUACGAACUCUCAUUUGGCGUGCGACUUUCUCACAACGUACUAUCAUGGUCAACAGAAGAAAUGUGCAGCAGUUUUAUACUGAUCGCCCAUCCGAAAUCUUACACCCCUGGACGAUGACAGGACCAUACGAGCAUCCGGCAGCACUAUCCGUCAAUUCUGAAAGCCGAACAGUGGCUUUGCGUUACUAUCGUCACAUCAUGAAAGAUGUCAUCGAAUCUACGUCGUAUAUAUAUUUCAAUCCUCAGAUUGAUAUUCUUGCCGAUGAUAUCCACACGAUUCUCAUACUACAGGACUAUAAAGAAAACGGAGAAUUGCCAUUGACCCAUACGGGUUUAUCAGUACGAUCUAUUCUCAGAAGCUUUCUCGAUCUGGAAGAAUUACUGGCCCUGGAUAGAGCAAAUCUUGACCAAGUACGCCAUAUUGUAGUUGGGAAUGCUACUUGGACUACUACCCAAGACUCUGAAGAUUUGGGAGCUCGACACGACUGGAAUCGUCGAUUCUUUGCGGCCAUCAAGGCGGGAUUUCAAAAUUUGAGAACCUUAACACUCGUCUUGCCUGAAUAUUAG